CUCAAGCACCGCCCCUGACAACCUCUGCAGUAUAGAGGUGACAUUUGUGUCAUAAGACCGCACUCAUGCACCUGUGUCUCAGGUGUCAGCACACACACACACACAGACGCUGAAGCAACAACGUGAUUUUGAAAUUUGCGCCACAAAGCUCCCGUCAUCCUCAUGAGACCAGUGGCAUCAUGAGAUCAGGCUACAUAUUCCUGCUCCUCUAUCUCCUCUGGGGCUGCUUUGGGUUGUCAAGUCAAAAAAGCGAUGCGACCUGCAACUCAACAGCAACCUGCUAUGUACAAGAUCCAGUGUCGCACUUCCUCCAGUGUGUGCACUUACCUGCAUCAGAUACUGGACAAGAUCACAUGCGAAACCUGAAGGGAAUGCUGGAAGCAGCAAUGGAUGUGUUCACUUUCAUGAGGUCCAGUGCAAGUGGGGUGCCACUUUUCCGACUGCGGACAGCUUUGAUGUUGAAUCCCAAAGCGGACCCCUUCCAGAACGAGGCCCUGGUGGAGAUGUGGCUGAAGGUCAAGAUGAAACCAUUGUUGAAGUCCAUCAACAGGCACUUCCUGGCCUGCCUCAGCACCAAAAACUUCAGCUGCUCCACUUACCAGAUUGUGGUGAAGGAGCUCAGCCACCAUUUCUCUGAGAUGAAUCCUGAGAGACAAAAAUGGAUCUACUCAUUCUUCAUGUACCCCUUCCUGUCGGGAAAAGGAGUAGCCGGUUGUGUGCAUCCAAACGAGAGCAGUGAAGAUUGGUUGAUGAAGAAUUUUGGUGCCUUCCGUGUGAUGGCCAGAAUGAACGACUUCUCCAAUAUUAACAUCAUCUUCAGCGGCUUGGAAGUUCUUCACCUGCUGUCCCCGGUGCAGAAGGCUCAGCUGAUGUUGAGCCCCCUUGUGGCAGGUUUGAGCAACGACUCCCUCCACCUCGUAUUCCACAGUUUGAUGACAGAGGGCCCAGCAGGCAGCUAUGGAGGAAACCACAACUGGACAGGGCCUGGAUACCCUCAUCUUCCCCGGCCCAACGACAGCCCGGAUUUACCAGCAUCCCCUCACAACAGCUUCAGAGAGGUGAUGAGAGGCAUCGUGAUGGCUGUCAAACCCAUCAGCAGCUUCGUUCAUGACUUUGUUUGGUUCACCAAACAGAGGAACGUGUCUGAAAUAAGAGGCAGCACAAUGACACAGUUCCUCCUCAACUGGACCCUGGCAGAGAUGGCGAGCGUUUACAAGCCGAAGCAUCCUCCGCCACCGCCUGUUGACGUCGAGACGCCGGAAUUUAACACGACACGCAUGGAGGACUGGUAUGAACGUGUGGUGAUGCCCGUUCUGAAGAGGUUUUCUAAAGAUGACCAAUCCCUGAGGAGUCACCACCUCAUGCUCACCUUCUACUACGUGUACCAGAUGGAUCACCAUAUUGACAAUGAACCUCCUGAAAUCCAGGAUGUUUGCAGCAUCACUCUUAAUGGGAAUCCUUGUGGGAUGACGGACGCGGUAGAAAAUGUAGCCCACAUUAUGCACUGUGCUGCUAAAAGCAACCUGACAAUGUCUGAGGAGAACACCAUGAGGCUGAUUUUGGAGCUGACAGAACGCCUCAACUUACUGAUCAAGGAGUUUGCCAUAGCAAACUUCACAGAGGUGGCGUAUGACUUCAGGCAUAUCUUUGAAGAGGCUAACUCCAUCAGGGAAAACCUGGAAGACCCAAAUUUCAUUACCAUGUGGUUCUAUAUCAAGUUGAUGCCCCUUCUGCCCCACAUUCCCAGAGACGUGCUUUUAUGCCUCAGCAACAAGAACUUCUCAUGUCCCGCCUACCAAACUAUUGUUGCCCUCCUCAGCAAACACAUGAGUUACUGGCAUCCUGAUUCAGUGUACCACCAAAACAUCUACAGCAGCUUCAUCUACCGCUUCAUGCAGCGUCACAACACAUCCGAUGUAUGUUUCUCAGCCAAUAACAGCACAGAGUGGCUGUUGAAGAACUUCGGUUCCUUCUUGCAGGUCGCCCAAGUCAAAGACUUCUAUUACCUCAACCCUUAUUUCUCAGGACUGGAUGUUUUGGUUCUACUGUCUCCCCGACAAAUGGCCCAGAUGAUUAUCCUACCUCUUCGGACUCCUCCUGAGAAGGAGAUGGUUAUCGAGGAGGUGUUUAACUUCCUGCAGGAGUCCCCCGGAGACAGAAGGCUACUAGAAGUCCUGCAGGCCAUGGUCCCGCUGGCAAUUCAGGAGAAUCCUCCUUGUACUACCUACAAAGCCAUUUUUGAGCGUCUGCAAAGAAUCAUGGUGUCUGUGCCGCCUGACUUGGAGCCACACAUCAGAGCGCAAGUGGACAUACUCAUCCGGAAUGCUCCACUGGAUUGUGUGCCGGACAACAUAAGGUGCCAACUGAACAUCAUCAAUGCCACUGACAUCUGCAAAGGAAUCAACAGCUAUGAGCUUCAGUCAUACUUGGACACAUCUUUGGAAGUCCCCUGCAACUUCACCCUGGAGGAAUAUGCGUGUGCACAUCUGCCAAACUUCACAGCCAAUCAGCUGGCAUCCCUUCUGUCAUGUAAUCUGCCCGGCAACAGCACACAUUCUGUAGUGUUGUGGAAGAUCGUGCUCACUAAUCAUAACGCCAUCUUGGAUCCAGCUUUGGACAUCCUGGCCGACGAGCCCAUAACUGAGAUUUUACCGUCAGCGGCAGCCAUUUUGGAUGUGGUCGGAGAGAUCCGAUUGGCUCUGCUGAGUGAUGAACAGCUGAGGAACAGCAGUGUCAUCAACGAGUGGUUCUCCGCUCGACUCAGACACUUCCUGCCCUCGGCAUCGAGGAGUUUCCUGCGAUGUCUAAGCUACAGGAACAUCAGCUGUCAAUCAUACCAACAAAUCCUGCAGGUAUUCCAGCAGAACUUUAACAGCAUCGCCGAGUGGCAGCAUAUGGUGAUCUUAUGGGAAUUCAUCACAAGUUUUCUGUCUCGUCCACACUCAGGCCCUGGCUGCCUGUCCGGAUCCAAUAGCAGUACGGAGUGGCUAAUGGACAACGUGGGUCCAUUUUCUCAGUAUUUGUCUCUCCAGGAGAUCUUGCAGCUCAACCCAGAGUUCAACCCUUUGGAGGCCCUGCCACUUCUGACUACAACGCAACGUGUGCAGCUGCUCCUCUUGCAGCUUCCCGCUCUUCCAGAGCAAGAUGUCAUUAUCAACGCACUGUUUGAUCACAUGACUGACUCACCUGAAGAGCAGAAGAAAAUUCCUGAAUUCCUUGCACUCCUCCACAAACGCCUGGAAGAGGGUUUCAAUAGAAACUUUUCCUGUUCCGCAUACAAAACACUCUUCGCCAGACUGGACUUGGCCCUGGUGGAAGUUCCACUCAAUGUGGCGUCAUUUAUCACCGACAACAAGAUGAAGCUCUCCAAGCUCAUUCCCCCUGGUUGCGUCAUAUACAGCGGCGAGUGCAUUGUGACCUCAUCCAACGAGACGGAGAUUUGUAUGGGAGUCAACAGCACAGCGCUCCAGCUCCACCUGGACAACAACACGUUGGAGGGACGUUUCUGUGACUUUGCAGUGGAGGAAUUUGCAUGUGCAUCGUUAGUGGUGCUAACAGCCCAGGAUCUCACAAUGAUAUUCAAGUGUAACCGUUCAGUCAACUCCAGCGGCUCCACGCCUGUCUGGAAGCUCCUCCUCUCCAAGACCUCUCAUGUGCUCAAUGAGUCUCUGGAUCUUCUCACCAACAUGAUGUUUGAUCCCCGAAAUCCUGCAGCCUCCAUGAUUUUGGACGCUAUUGGAGAAGUCCGUUUGGACUCCUUCCCCAAUACCUACGUCAAUGACCCUGCCUUCAUCAACAUCUGGUUCAACCACAGGCUCCGCCCAUUUCUACCCGCAGUCUCCCCGGACUUCCUGUCAUGUCUCACAACCAAAAAUUUAACCUGCAACACCUACCAACAAAUUGUGCAGACGCUGAGUCAUGUUACGCCAAACAUGAGCAUCAUCGUACAAACAGCAGUCCUGACACACUUCAUUAAGCCCUUCUUAACCCGUAACGAUACAGCUGGCCCUGGCUGCCUGUCCGGAUCCAAUAGCAGUACGGAGUGGCUAAUGGACAACGUGGGUCCAUUUUCUCAGUAUUUGUCUCUCCAGGAGAUCUUGCAGCUCAACCCAGAGUUCAACCCUUUGGAGGCCCUGCCACUUCUGACUACAACGCAACGUGUGCAGCUGCUCCUCUUGCAGCUUCCCGCUCUUCCAGAGCAAGAUGUCAUUAUCAACGCACUGUUUGAUCACAUGACUGACUCACCUGAAGAGCAGAAGAAAAUCCCUGAAUUCCUUGCGCUCCUCCACAAACGCCUGGAAGAGGGUUUCAAUAGAAACCUUUCCUGUUCAGCAUACAAAACACUCUUCGCCAGACUGGACUUGGCCCUGGUGGAAGUUCCACUCAAUGUGGCGUCAUUUAUCACCAACAACAAGAUGAACCUCUCCGAGCUCAUUCCCCCUGGUUGCGUCAUAUACAGCGGCGAGUGCAUUGUGACCUCAUCCAAUGAGACGGAGAUUUGUAUGGGAGUCAACAGCACAGCGCUCCAGCUCCACCUGGACAACAACACGUUGGAGGGACGUUUCUGUGACUUUGCUGUGGAGGAAUUUGCAUGUGCAUCGUUAGUGGUGCUAACAGCCCAGGAUCUCACAAUGAUAUUCAAGUGUAACCGUUCAGCCAACUCCAGCGGCUCCACGCCCGUCUGGAAGCUCCUCCUCUCCAAGACCUCUCAUGUGCUCAAUGAGUCUCUGGAUCUUCUCACCAACAUGAUGUUUGAUCCCCGAAAUCCUGCAGCCUCCAUGAUUUUGGACGCUAUUGGAGAAGUCCGUUUGGACUCCUUCCCCAAUACCUACGUCAAUGACCCUGCCUUCAUCAACAUCUGGUUCAACCACAGGCUCCGCCCAUUUCUACCCGCAGUCUCCCCGGAUUUCCUGUCAUGUCUCACAACCAAGAAUUUAACCUGCAACACCUACCAACAAAUUGUGCAGACGUUGAGUCAUGUUACGCCAAACAUGAGCAUCAUCGUACAAACAGCAGUCCUGACACGCUUCAUUAAGCCCUUCUUAACCCGUAACGAUACAGCUGAUCCUAGUUGCAGCUCACAUAGCAACAACAGCGGUGAAUGGCUACAACAGAACUUGGGAGCAUUCUCCCACCUGGUGCUCUUCAGCGAACUGCAGACGCUCCACUCCAGCUUCUCAGCGAUGGAGGCCUUACCACAGCUAACCAUCCGACAGCUAGCUGACGUGGCCUCCACGCCAGGUCAGCUGACCACCCCUGCUCAGGUUGCCAUGGUGAUGGAGUAUGUCCCGGACGCAUUCCUACACAACUUCUUUGAUGAUUUCUCUCCUUCUAUCCUGGGUCAUGAAGACGAGUUCGAAGCCCCGGUGAGGUCGGCUAUGCUGGAGGUCGUGUUCGAUCGAGCAAACCUCUCCCAUUCGUCGGUCAAAGAUUCUGUCGUCUUAGUGUGGCUCCGCAAUCGAUUGCAACCCUUACUGGUGGAGUUGUCUCAUCAGCACGUUUCUCCGUUCUUUGAGAUACUGGCGGGAAGGAGCUGCAGCCUCGAGCAGGAAGGAGUCACGGACCUGAAUAUGUUCAUAUCCAGUCUGAGUAAUGUUACACAGAAAGAAAUACACAAGCACAUCGUUCAGGCUCUCAAAGAACCACUGCCUCUCCGUUGCUAUGUCAGCGACCAAAGUUACUAUGAAUUCCUGCAGAGUUGGUUCAUGGGUUUCCAGUUGCCCAAAUUGACUACCUUCCUGUCCCUCAUGCCUGAGGACCGCAUGACGCAGUUGGUGAACUCCAUGUCUCCAUCUGAUCUUGGCAACUACCUCCGCCUUCCUGACAUUGCUGACGAUGAUACCAAACUUUGCUCCAUCUUCGGCAACUACCACUUGACACCCGCGUUCCUGGAAAUGGAGACGCUCCCGGAGGGGCUGCGAAAGCCGAUGCUGCCGUGCCUCUGGCCCAUGGCUCUCAGCAACACCUCGAGAUCAGAGGUUGACGCCUGGUUUGACCAGCGUCUCCACAACUACUUGGGAUUCCUCACAAAGGAUCUUCUCAGAAGCAACGAGACAUACAACGCCACCUGUAUCGCCUUUCAAAAACUUGUCUCAGUUCUUGGCAAUUUCAGCUACGUUGAUGUGAACUUUGUGAGGCGAGACGUGUACGACACCAUCACAACCUACCUCAACUCUGAGACGGUGCCACGGUGUUACGACGCAAGCAACCCAGAGCUGAACUCAACAGCCUGGUUUGCUGACUACAUUGGACCCUUCUUUGAAUUCAUCAAUUUGGAUGAUUUGCUUUUCACAUUUGGAUCUGCGGAGGUUCUCCAGGUGUUCACUGUGGACCUCCGGAACAUCGCCAUCUUCAACCAAACCAUCACACCUGUCAACGUCACCAGCUACUACACAGAGCUACUAUAUAGACAGGACAACAACUUCAACCCUAUACUCCUUCCACUGGGGUUUCGCUGCUUUGUGCCAGGGAUGGCCUUUAGCCAGCUGUCACCAGAGGAAAGUGUGAUAGUUCUGCACAACCUGACCAACUUGUGCACCAACUUGGACCCCCAGGUGGCUUCUGCUUUGGCGGAUAACUUUGGAAACACGAUUGAUGCCUCAGUUAUCGCAGCCCUCGGGGAUGAAAGCACUGGCAUUUCUCAGGGCCAGAUCCAAGCAAUCAAACCCGAAGAUCUACUUCUUUCCCUGGACAUCCUUGGCAGUUUGUCCGGCUGGAAUGAAGGUCAGGCCAAGGCCAUUAUCCUGUUGCUCAUAUCUUCAGGGCUUAUGCAGAUCAAUAAUGCAUCAUCGCUGUUGAUGCUUGGCUCUCUUGUCACCGGGGUACCCGCAAACACCUUCAUCAACAUCAGUGGCUCCGAGCUGAUCACAGCAUCCCAGAACGUCUUAUUCCUGUCGCACCUCAUGACUGCCCCACCAAUUAUCCAACAGAUUUUUGUGUUGCAGAUUGUCUCAGUCAACAGCAGUAGUGAUGUUAUCAUAGAAAACGUUCCUGACAAUUUGGCGACGGAGAUCCCUCCCUCUCUGCUGCUGGGCUUGAGCUCAAAUAAGAACAUUAUCACAAAGCUCAACAGCAAGAAAUGGAAACGCAAGCAGGUUGAGCUGUUCUUCGAGGAUGUAGCCAAAGAAUCAGCGACGACACUCCUAGGAAGUCCGAACAAUUUGUCGUCGUCUCUGCUGCAAGGCUUCACAUGCACCACAGUGAGGGAUUUUUCAAAGUUGCAAGUCAACAAGUUGAUCAAAGCUUGCCGCAGAAAAGGCAACAACAAGGUCAUUCUGGAGGAGACACAGCUAACCUGCAUGUACAAUCACAUCAAAAAUGAGCCAGAUGUCGAGCGCUUUGACCUUUAUCCUCAGGAUGUGCUGCUGUAUUAUGAUUACUCACGAGUGCCGGCGGCCAGCUGCAAGUCGUACUUUGAACAGCUAUCAGAAGCAGACUUUUCCGUCUUCUCCACAGUGCUCAGCUACAAACGCGAUGCUCUGUUUACUAACGCCAAGAACUGUCUGAAUAUCACCAGCACAAGCUUGACCAAGGAAGACAUUUCUGUGCUAGGAAACAUGUGCUGCAUUCUGGAUGGCUCAUACAUUAACACCUCAGAUUCGUCCAUCUUGGAUAGGCUGCAGCACUGUUCAGACCUCACAGCUGAUCAAGUUGCUGCUGUGGAAACUCUACUGCAGAGCGGCAACACGCCAUUCGGCGCCCCAUCAACAUGGACCAAAGCCACCUUGGAGGAUCUUGGAAUUUUACCUCUUUUUCUGACAUCUAACUUCUACAAAAACUUUGACAAAAAAACAAAGCGGAGUUUCUUGAAGGACUUCCUGAAAGCUGUCAAGAAAAAUGGCGUCGACAGACAAAAGCUAAAGAGCUUGAAGAGAGAAAUCCGAAUGUCCAAUAAAAACAAGGCAAAGCGAUCUGUCGCGAACGAGUGUACCGUGGGAGAGAUCACACAAGUGACCAUCAGUGAUGAGACCUUCCCCUUUGACUAUGAUGACAUCAACCAGUUCAACUGCUGCCUCAGUGCGGCCACUCUCAGGGACAACUUGGCCGCCAUCAUGGACAAGGUGGACCAGGACGACUACCUCAAGGUUGUUCUUGAAAAGCUGCGAGAGGCAUAUGCCAACCAUUCAACCAUCCCAGAGGAUCAGGUGGGCCUCUUAGGCCCGGCGUCACGUCAAGCCACCAGCGCUGACAUCAGCUUGUGGACCAUCACCCUGAUUGACACACUGUCUUCUCUAAUGGAUGCUUUCAAUGGGCCCUUGGACCCCAACAUAGCUAAGGAGAUCAUCUCCAAAUAUCUGGAUCAUGACAAUAACACCCUCGAUAGCACAACGCUCAACGCCAUUGGAGGAGACAACCUGUGUACCCUGGAUGCCAGUGUCCUUCGGAGUAUCUCACCGCACGAUCUCAGACGCGCGAGUGUGACUCCAUCCAGCUGCACUCUGGAGAAAAAGCAAGCUCUCUUCACUAUCGCCAGAGAAGCUUUUGGAGAAACCACCACCCGCUCCACUGUCUCCAUAUCUGAGUACAAGCUCAUGCAGCCUUAUCUUGGGGGAGCAUCAGAGGAUUACAUUAAAAGUCUGGUGAACUCUAACGUCAACAUGGAUAUGGACACUUUCGUUUCACUGAAUCCACCCGUUGUUUUGGCCCUGACUGUAGAUGAUGUCCGCGGUCUUCUCGGUUCCAACUUGCCAGACUUGAAAGCCUAUGAAAGUCAAGAGCUGGUGCAAGAGUGGGUUCAGAACCAGCGUCAGUCUGCGCUUGACACGUUAGAUGUGGGGCUUCAGGGAGGCAAAGCUGACCCCACAAACCCUCCCAAUCCCACAGUGACAUCGUCAUCAGGGUCUGGCUCUUCUGUCACCUCUCCUGCAUCAUCUAGCGCCAGUGGUUGCCGCCUGCGAGCAGACACUGGCACACUCUUCCUCCUCAUCCUCGGCCUCCUCGUGGCAUCAGUCCAUGCUGGAGUAUGAUGGAGCAACACCUUGUUUCUAUGACUGAUGGGAGAGGCUGUUCCUUUUUUUAAUGACUUUAAUGAGAACUACUUCAACAGAGAUGUCGGCUAUUAAUCUUAUGAUCUAUACUAUGUUGUAUACUGUACUGUUAUACUGUUUUAGAUGCCAUCAAAUGUGAUCAAGACUUGAUAUUUGUGCUUUGCUUGUUUGAAUAUUAAAAUAAAGCACAGA